AUGCUCCCGCCUUCCUAUUCAGAGUCUCAAAGGCCACAAGCCGUCUCGUCUACGGACUUACCCCCGUACGUUCAAGACAAAACACCAGGUUACUCGCCCUCGCUAGCAUUCCAUGGCGUUGCAUUGCUCAAAAAGGAGUUUGACACGCCUUGGUCGAGCUCGUCCGGCCCGCUCCGAGCUGUUUGCCUCGAGUUGAACUCAAAUCAACUCAACAUUUACGACCUCAAGGAUAAAAACUUGGCUGGAAUAGUGGAGGCGCUUUUCCAGUUCCAGAAUCACGACAAUAGAACAGCCAAGCCCGCGUCCCAGAGAUCCUCAUCAGACUACCUCUUUGACGGCGACGCUUAUGGUGACGAUGCCAUGGACAACGGCCCUACCGUUUUUGGCAAGCUCAAAAAGAAGUUGUCAACCCACAAGGCCGAGAAGAAGCUCGCCCAGUUGCCGUCAUACCCCACAGCUGCCCGCUUCUUCAAGACCAAUAAAGGUGACAUCUUGCAUAGCUUCACUUUGCUGAACCUUCAGCUUGGUGAAGCACCUUCCACGAACUCCAUCAACUACAAAGAGGAUCUGACGUCGCCCACGAGCUCAGUGGCUCUCCUCAAAUACCGGAACACUCUUCGGCUCCGUAUUGAGUACUGCCAGCUUCUCCUACACUUUUGGUCAUUCCACGGCAUGAUUCACUGGUAUAGGAACUUGUGCAUCGGACGUGAUCUCUCGACGUCGCUUGACGCACGCUCUUUAACCCGUCUCAAGAGUAUUCCUCGUGAUUACUCAGCUUCCAACAUCGCUCUUUUAAGUGCCGCUGCUCGCGAGGCUCUCAGUCCGUUUGAAUCCGAGUCAAAACGUCUGGGCUCCUACUCGAGCUCUAUUCGCUCUACGGACUCAGAAGAGGACAGCAUAAUGAGCAGAUGCUCCCACGACACGGCUUGCACGACCGUGGCCGAUUGCAUAAGGAGUAAAGUAGAGAUAAACGGCAUGAAAGUGAUUUGUUUCGAAGAUCUCUACACGCCUGUGGAGAAGCAGUACAUUUCUAACUGCAUUCCGGUGCUCAACUCCUACGACAAGUGGGUGGGUUCCAGGGUUACCGUGCUGAACUUCGAGCAUAUGCUUCCCAAAAAUGACGCCAACAACGUCAACGAAAACGGACGUGUUUUCAUUCUGCCCAUGUCCUUCUGUCUGUCUGUUAAGGCGUACCAAAAGCAGUUUCCGGGACUCUCAAAGUCUCGCAAGAAGUGUAAGGACUACUACGUCGAUGAUAAGGGGUUGGUGAGCAUCGACUGUGCAUGA